AUGGCCGUCGCAUUCUCCACCGCAAUGUGCGGAGCUCCUAGCGCGUCUCCCUGCUAUCGCUCGUCUUUUCUCCCCGGAUUCAACCCCUCCUCCACCCGGUCUUUUCCGCAAGCCAUUUUCACCCUCAACUCUCCCCACUCUCACCCUCACCUUUCGCGAAUUCCGCCUUGCGCGGCGGCGGCGACACGCGGGGCUGGAAAGGCGGGGAGUGGAGAGGCCGCGCGGAUGGUGAUGGUGCUGGGGAAGGGCGGCUCGGGGAAGACGACUGCGUCUGUGCUUCUCGCGCAGCGGUAUGCAGCAGAGGGGUACCGCACGUGUCUGGUGGUGCAGUCUCAGGACAGAGUGGCCGACAGGCUGCUCGGCAUGCGCCUCACUCCCUCACCCCAACCCAUGCCCGCACCCGCUGCUGCUGGUGGCGAUGCCGCUGCUGCUGCCUCACAACAGCCACUGCUUUGUGCGCUUCGUGUGGAAACCACCAAGCUGCUACUGGCGCCUCUUGAAAUUAUAAAGAAGGCAGACGAGCGACUGGGGAUCACACAAGGCGCACUGGCAGAGGUGGUGGGCGAGGAGCUAUCAGUCCUACCAGGAAUGGACGCGGUCAUGGCAGUUGCAGUGUUGGAGCGCAUCGCUCGUCCAGCUGGCGGCCUCCUGGCCUUCGCCACGUCAUCAGGGCCGCGGUCCACGUCAGCAGGGAAGAAAGGGGCGGCAGCGGGGGAGUGGGUGUAUCCGUGGGGGGAGGAGGAGGCGGAGGUGGUGGUGUUUGACGGACCCACCACGUGGGAGGUGCUGCGAAUGCUGGCCGGCCCGGAAAAAGCCAGGUGGUAUCUGAGGAGGUUCCGAGCCUUAGCAGAGCGGACAGACAUCGGCCGUGUGGCUCUGCCGUCAGUGGCCCGCCUGCUGGACUCCAUCGUGGGCUCCUCCAAAGGGGGGAGCGGUGGCAGUGGCGGUGCUGGUGGGGGUGGGGUGGACGAGCAGCGCAGCACGGCGGAGAUAUGGGAAAAGCUCGACUCCUUCCUCUCUAAAGCCGUCUCAUCCUUUGCCGACCCGUACCGCACGUCCGUCUUCCUAUUGGCCGACGCAGCGAGCCACUCGUCAGUCGACACGUGUCGCCGCAUCUGGGGCUGCGCAGUGCAAGCAGGCGUGUCCCCUUCAGGCGUCUUCCUUCUCCCAUCAGAGGCUGCAUCGGCGACAGCAUCCGGCGGGCUGGCAGAAAAGUUUUCUCCGCUGCCCGUGGCACAGCUGCCCGUGGUGUCAGAGGAGGCACCGGCGGCUGUAGCAGCCGCGGCCGGGCAGAUGAACGAUGGGGCGGUGGCGGUUAUGAAUGGGGAAGGUGCGGGGAAGGCUCCUCCGGCGGUGGAUGUGGACGUGGCGGCAUGCACGGUCCGUCUGUUUCUGCCGGGAUUUGACAAGCAGGAGGUCAAGCUGCAACAGGGAUCAAUGUGUUUCUUCCUCUCACAUGACAUUCCUGCUCAUUGCCUUUUCUUCCCCUUUUUACUCCCUUCCCUCCUCUUCUCCCCUCGUUCCCCUCCUUCACCAAACAAUCACCAGCGGAAGGGCGAGGCAGAGCUGCUGGUAGAGGCAGUGGAAGGGCGGGGCAGAGCUGCUGGUGGAGGCGGGGGACCAGAGGCGGUGUGUGGAGCUGCCUCGAGCCAUUCAGGGGAAGCCGCAGCAGCCAGAAACCCCGCAGCCGCGCUCAGCUCGACGCUCUCGGGCCUCCAGUCGUCCCUCAGCGGCCAGAUCGCGUCUCUCGACGCGCUUCUCAAGACAUCGCUCGAGAAUAUAUCUGCGGCUCUCAAAAGCAGACCGUCAGCUGCAGACAACGCGCUCCAGGCGCAGAUAUCCGCGCUAAAAGCCAACCUCGCUGCCUUCAACGAGAGCCUCGUCAACCUGAACGCGCUGAACAUCUCAGGAUCGGAUUUAAACGUCACGGAUUUGAUUUCCUCCAAGAUCUCUGGAAUCCGAUCCAACAUCUCCUCGAUCACCACCGGCAUCGCCGCUCUGAACAAGGACCUGGCCUGGAUAAUCGGCUCGGGCGUUAGCUCGGGCGUAGGAUCGGGCGCAGGCAUGGCGGGCGCGUUGCGUCCAGCAGCUGGGGCAGCUUCCGCGAGUGGGAGCGCGGCGAUCCGCGCGGCGGUGAGGCAGCGGCUGGCGGCUGUGACGCAGCGGGUCGCGGGGCUCAACGGGAACGUGUCCGCCCUCGCCGGGAUGGUGACCGACUUGCACAGCGCGCUGAGCAGCGCUCUGGAUGGCGCUCUCAACAGCGCUGUAAAUGGCGGCGCUUUGAACGGCGCUCUCAACGGCGAUUUGAACGGCGCUCUGAAUGGGGGUUUGAACAACGGCGGCGUGGUGGGGGAUCUCGCGAAUCUUCUUCCUCAGCAGGCGGGCAUGCUGCGUGCCGUGCUGACGUCAUGUAACGGCUUGCUGUCUCUCCAGGCUGGCGCUGCCGAUAUUCAGGUCCUCAAGAUUGGCUCGGACUACAUGCUCACAUACUACCUGUACGUAGCAGGAGUGACCAAGGCCCCGGACUCGCAGGCCAUUUUCAAGGACAAUGCCUGCAGCAACAGCGCUGCUUCAGCAGCCCUCGCCCUGCCUGGCACGUGGGUGCCCAUGAGCCCGGUGUCCUGGUCGCUGGCCAAUGUCGUGAGGGCGUCAGCUGCUGACGUGGCGGAUGUGCUGGCAUCGAUCCAAGAAAUCACCAAUGAUGACCUGUUCCUCGGAUUCUCCGGUGCUGACGUGGCACUCUCAGGGAGAAUGAUGGGUGGAAGGGUGUGA